GAAGACACUCGCGAUACUUUCACUGACCGGCUCUACGAAGCGCUAUGUCGAAAAAAAGUCCGAGUCUUCCGCGACGACGACGGGUUGACUCAGGGAGAUUCACUCACUCCAACUCUUCUCAACGCGAUCGAAGACUCGGCGGCUUCGAUCGCCAUCAUCUCCCCCAGUUACGCUUCCUUCAGGUGGUGCCUCGAAGAACUCGCUACGAUCUGCGAGUUUAAACGACUCGUUCUUCCCGUUUUCUACCGAGUCGACCCGAGCGAUGUUCGGAGACAGAAAGGACCGUUCGAAGAGGAUUUUCAAACACUGGAGAGAAGGUUUGGAACGGAAAAGGUGUUGCGAUGGAGAAAUGCUAUGGAAGAAGUCGGUGGAAUUUCCGGUUGGGUUUUCGAUGGCCGUGACGAGGAGUCACAGUUGAUUGAGCAUUUAGUCAAGAGGAUUUUGGCUGAAUUGAGCAAUAGUCCCGUUUUUGUGGCUCCAUGUACUGUUGGACUCAAUUUUCGUAUACAGGAACUUAUGGAAUUGUUAGAUGUUAAACGCAAUGGCAUUCAAGUGUUGGGGUUUUAUGGAAUGGGUGGGAUCGGUAAGACAACCCUUGCCAAGGCUCUCUACAACAAACUUGUCAGUCACUUUGAACAUCGUAGUUUCAUUGAAAAUGUUAGAGAAAGUAGUGCAAGGCAAAAUGGUUUAUUAUCACUUCAAAACAAACUUAUUGGUGAUCUUUCCCAAGGAGUUUUGCAACCAGUGAAUGAUGAUGAUGCCGGUAAGGUGGCAAUUAAGAGGAUACUUUAUCACAAGCGCGUUCUUGUUGUUUUAGAUGAUGUUGACGAUAUAAGCCAACUUGAUGCUUUGGUUGGCAAGAGAGGGUGGGUUUACGAAGGAAGUCGAAUCAUUAUUAGUACUAGGAAUGUGAAAGUUUUGUUGACCCCUCUUGUGAAUGAGAUAUACGAGGUGAAGAAAUUGGCUUUUGAUGAUUCAUUAAAACUCUUUAGUUACCAUGCAUUUAGAAGAGAGAAACCCACCAUGGAAACUGAUUUGAACCUAUCCAAACAAAUUGUGAAUCUUACUGAUGGACUACCUUUGGCUCUGGAAGUAUUUGGUUCUUUUCUGUAUGAUAAGAGGAGAGUGGACGACUGGAAAGACGCUAUACAGAAGCUGAAGCAGAUCCGACCAAACAAUCUUCAGGAUGUCUUAAAGAUCAGUUUUGAUGGGCUGGAUGAGCAAGAGAAGUGUAUAUUUCUUGAUAUUGCAUGUUUGUUUCUUAAUCUGGAAAUGAAGAGAGAUGAUGUAAUUGAUGUAAUGAAAGGUUGUGGCUUCAGGGCUGAGAUGGCCAUCAGUGUUCUCAUUGAUAGGUCACUCAUCAAGGUAAUGGAGGAUGAUACUUUUUGGAUGCAUGAUCAAAUUAGAGAUAUGGGAAGACAAAUUGUCCUGAAUGAAAACCAUGGCGAUAUUGGCACACAUAGUAGACUUUGGAACCGUGCUGAUGUUCUAAAAGUCUUGCAAGAUGGGAAGGGGACAAGCAGCAUUCAAGGGAUCAUUCUUGACUUUGAAAAGAAGAACUUCCCAAAGAUUAAGAGUGCUAAAGCAAUUGCUACGAACAAUUUUCAAAGAUCACCCACUUUAGUUUCUGCACUAACUUACUUGAAGGAGAUAUAUAAAGGAUAUUUUCAACAUGGUGCCAAGAGUGAGGGAGAAGUGAUGCUUUGCACUAAACCAUUUGAAACAAUGGUUAAUCUAAGACUGCUUCAAUUGAGUGAUGUGAAAAUGAAAGGAAGUUUUAAACAUCUUCCUGCUGAACUGAAGUGGCUACAAUGGCGGAGAUGUUCCUUGAAGAAUCUUCCAUCUGUUUUUUGUCCGCGGGAACUAACUGUCCUUGAUCUCUCAGAAAGCAAGAUAGAAAGAGUUUGGGGCAGGAGAUGGUGGUGCUGGUCCAGGAACAAGGUGGCAGAGAAAAUGAUGGUUAUGAAUCUCCGAGGUUGUUGUAACAUAACUGCUAUUCCUGAUUUAUCUGGGCAUCCUGCCCUGGAAAAGCUAAUUCUUGAGGGUUGUGUUAACCUGGCUAGGAUUCAUAAGUCAAUUGGUGAGGACCUGAAUAUGUUACGCCAAUUGAAUCUGAGAGCAUGUUCCAGCCUUGUUGAAUUUCCAAGGGACGUCUCUGGCCUAAAACGUCUUGAGAACCUUAUCCUCUCCGGUUGCUCAAAUCUGAAAGCCCUACCACAGGAUAUGGGCAGCAUGAGUUCUUUAAGAGAACUUCUCCUUGAUGAAACAGCCAUAGAGAAGCUACCUGAGUCUAUAUUUAAGCUUGCAAACCUUGAAAGGCUCGGUCUAAAUAAUUGCCAAUCAUUAAAACGACUACCCACAUGCAUUGGUAAGUUGAUUUCUUUGAGAGAACUUUCAGUUAACAAUUCUGCAUUGGAGGAAGUACCCGAUGGUAUUGGCUUGUUGGGAGAGCUUGAGACGCUAAGUUUGAUGUGGUGUAGAUCACUUACUGUACUACCUGAUUCGGUUGGGAAGCUGAAAUCAUUGGCAAAAUUUUGGCUUAAUAGUAGUUCGGUGAAAGAAAUGCCAGCUUCUAUCGGUUCAAUAUGUUAUCUGAAGGAGUUGUUAGUUGGAGGUUGUUGUAAUGUGAGCACAUUGCCUGCUUCCAUUGAAGGGCUCCAUUCCAUGGUUGAGCUUCAGUUAGACGGGACAUCAAUCAUAGAUCUUCCAGAUCAGAUUGGUGGCUUGAAAUCACUUAAAAAGCUUGAGAUGAGAAAUUGUAAAUUUCUGAGAUCACUUCCGGAAUCUAUUGGGAAGUUGUUGGCUCUUAAUACAUUGAUCAUAGUGAAUGCUGCCAUAACUGAACUUCCUGAAUCUAUUGGGAUGUUGGAAAACCUCAUCAUGUUAAGGUUGAACAAAUGUACACAACUUUACAAACUGCCAGCUUCAUUCGGGAAAUUGAAAUUUUUGCACCACUUGCUAAUGGAGGAGACUUCUGUAACCGAAUUACCUGAAAAUUUUGGGAUGCUCUCAUACUUGAUGGUAUUGAAAAUGGCAAAGAAGCCUUAUCCUGCAGUGCCUCAGAAUGCUGAAACAACAGAACAAAAAGAUCUUGGUGCAGAAAAGAAAUCUAAAUGCAUUGUGCUUCCGUCUUCUUUUUCAAAUCUUUCCUUGCUAAUAGAAUUCGAUGCUCGUGCAUGGAAAAUAUCUGGGAAUAUAGCAGAUGAUUUUGAGAAGUUGUCGUCCUUAGAAAUUUUGAAUCUAUCUCACAAUUAUUUUUGCAGACUUCCAUCAAGUCUGAGAGGACUCUCUGUCCUCAAAAAGAUUUUUCUGUCCCACUGCAAACAGCUCAAAUUUAUUCCUCCGCUUCCUCCAAGUUUGGUGGAGGUAGAUGCAGCAAACUGUACAGCAUUGGAAAGUAUAUCAAACCUGUCUGAUUUGGAGAGUUUACGAGACCUGCACCUUGCGAACUGUGAGAACUUGGAGGACAUUCCGGGCCUGGAAUGCUUGAAGUCCUUGAGAAUCUUGCACAUGGUUGGCUGCAAUUCAUGUGCUUCUGUUGUGAAGAAAAAACUUGAUAAAGUCGCUAUAAAGAACAUGUACGAGUUAAGUAUCCCUGGAAGUGAAAUACCUGACUGGUUUGCUCAAGGGGUGGUUUGUUUCUCAGCACGCAAAAACUAUGCGAUUAAAGGCGUUAUUAUAGGCGUUGUUGUGUCUGUCAACCAUCAAAUAACUGACGAUUUGAGAGAUCAACUCCCUGUCAUACCAGAUGCUGUUGCAACAAUCCUCAGAUUGAAUGAACCAGUGUACAGUAUGGCAAUGCACUUGGCAAGAGUUCCAAAGACACAUGAAGAUCAAGUUUAUUUUUGUCGAUAUGAAGAUCAUCAUCCAUUGGUUUCGAUAUUGAAAGAUGGCGACACGAUAAGGGUAGCAUUGAGGAACCCUCCAUUUGUUAAGGGGGUUGAGCUCAAGAAGUUUGGGAUUCAUUUGGUUUUCGAAAAUGAUGAUGACUAUGAUGGAGAUGAAGAAAUAUUGGAUGAAAGCCGACAAUCUGUAUCAGAAAAAUUAACAAGGUUUAUCAGAUCCUCUGAAGCAAGCAAUCAUACCUCGGAUUCAAGUCAUGAAAUUGAAGAACUGUUACCAAAAAAAUUUAAAAGAAGCUGAAGGACACAUGCAGGAGAUCAGAGAGCUGAUUGGUUGCUUUGGAGUGAGAUAUUUGGCAUGGUAAGGUGCCUUUUAAGGUGGCUUCUACUAUUUAUGUCUAGCCUAUGGAAAUGUGAGGUCAGCUUUAUGCUACAUGCCUUGUAGAUUUGAACUAUUUUUAGGCAUAGGAAUUUGCCACUGGAGAUGAGGGAAGAAUAUCCGUUUUACGUGAUCUCUCGCGUUCUAAUAUCAUAUCUUCAAACCAGUAGACUUAGUUUAUGUUGACACAUUUUCAUUAUUAGAAUAUUCUAGUGUAGCGAGUGGGUAUGCCUUGG